AUGGAGAAGGCGAUCCUGCUCUUGCUGCUGAGCUUGUGCGCCGCCCGGCUUGACGGCGCAGCGGCGCAGCAGUACUGGACGCCGGCCACCGCCACGUUCUACGGCGGGAGCGACGCGUCCGGCACCAUGGGCGGGUCGUGCGGGUACGGCAACCUGUACAACGCCGGGUACGGGACGCAGACGACGGCGCUGAGCACGGCGCUCUACGGCGACGGCGCCUCCUGCGGCGCGUGCUUCAUCGUCGCCUGCGACGCGUCGCGGACGCAGUACUGCAAGCCGGGGUCGCCGUCGGUGACCGUCACGGCGACCAACUUCUGCCCGCCCAACUACGGCGACCCCAGCGGGUGGUGCAACUCGCCGCGGCAGCACUUCGACAUGUCGCAGCCGGCGUGGGAGACCAUCGGCGUGUACCAGGCCGGCAUCGUCCCCGUCAACUACCGGAGGGUCCCGUGCAGCCGGUCCGGCGGGAUCAGGUUCGGGAUCAGCGGGCACGACUACUUCGAGCUCGUGCUCAUCACCAACGUCGGCGGCGCCGGCGCGGUGGCGGCGGCGUGGGUCAGGGGGACCGGCACCGACUGGCUGGCGAUGAGCCGCAACUGGGGGGCGAACUGGCAGAGCAGCGCGUACCUCACUGGGCAGAGCCUGUCGUUCAAGGUGCAGACGGACGACGGCAAGGCCGUCAUGGCGUACAACGUUGCGCCGGCGAACUGGCAGUUCGGCUGCACCUACCAGGCCUCGGUCAACUUCUACUAGAGAGUGAUAAGAUGAUGAUGAUAGGCGCGGCACAUGCAUUUGCGAACUACUUGGGCCAGCUCUAUGGUUGUAAAAAGAGGCCUUAAAGACUCGACUCAAUGGGCCAUGUUAAGUAACAGCCCAUGAGCUGGGGAGAAAAUUAUUAAAUAGUGCAUAUACCAUCUUCGCAAAAAGGGAAGAAAAAAACACAUUCUUUUAAGUGUGCAUUCUUUUGCUCAAGAAUGUUGGAUUCAUCUAGGCCUUUAUGCCGACUUACAGCUGGACCCUUAUUCCAUUUUGACUUCCUUCAAAACUCAGCUUCAGGUUCCUUUCUUCAUGGAAAUAAUCAUAAUCAUGAGCUGGUGCAUAUGGAUGACAAGAAAUGAUUUAAUCUUCAGAGGCAUACCACCAACAACGCAAGGGGCCAUCUUGCGGUUUAAGUCCACCUAUGCCUUAGUCCUGCAUAGAGUUAAAGAGGCCUCCAAAUAAUCAAUGGUUGAAUGGCUAGAGCUUAUGUUGUAAUCUUCAUGAUUUUCUUUUUAACCUUCUUUGUUUCUUAGAUUCAAUUUGGUUUGCUCUUUGUAAUCCCUUUACUUCUUUUUUUCUCAAUAUAUAACCAGCAGGGCUAAAACCCUCCUGUUUCCAUCA